UUAAGAUUGACUUCAAAGUUUUUGGUAGAUUUUCGAGGAUCUGUGGUUUGGGCCUAUGACGACAAAAUUAGUGGGCCACACCAAACCGGUCUCGUAUAUUACAUGGAGACACGACGACGUUGAAUUACUGAGCUGUGGUGUAGGGGAGACCGUGAAGCGGUGGAACAUUCCUCCCACAGGAGGAGAUGAUCAUCACUUGAUCUCCUCGUGUCUCCACACGUACGAGGGAAAAGAGAAUCUUGGCACAGUCUCGUGCGCGUGGGGCCCACAUGGGGAGACUAUAUUCGCUGGCCUCAAUGACGGCAGUAUUGUCAUGUGGAGUCUACAAGGAGAGGAGCUUCGAUCUUGGGAUGGCAUAUUGGGAAUUACGAGGAUUAUUGCUGACCUGGCGGUCACUCUUGACGACGGGGGGAGGGAGGUUGUUGUAACUGCUUGUGAACGCAAUACGAUACUUUUAUUCAAAUGGGGAACCGAGUCGAAGAGAUUCAUCUACGAAGACGGAGAUAUAGUUUCUUUUACGUUGUCAGGAGAUGGUAACUUUUUGCUCGUUAGCUUAUCGAACGAAGAAAUUCAUCUAUGGAACAUAGGGUUUGAAGAUCCCGAGAUUGUGACGGUUUACAAGGGGCAUAAUGUACUAAAUACGUUGUGAGGGCUUGCUUUUUCGGACGGUAUAUUGCCAGUGGAAGCGAGGACUCCUGGGUAAAUUAAAUUAUUCUUUUCAAAAAAUUCGUAUUUUUAUUAUACGGAAUGAGUGAUCGAUCGACCGGUUUUAUAUAUAUAGGUAUACGUCUGGCAUAGGUGUUCCGGGGAGCUGCUCGGUACGGUUCAUGGUCAUUCUGACACGGUGAACUCUGUGACCUGGAAUCCAGCUCAUCCUCUACUGGUGGCUUCUGGAAGUGACGAUCAUACUGUACGUAUUUGGCGUUAAAAGUAUACGUAAACGUGUACGUAUACGCGUGUGUUACUACUUACAAGUUACUACUAGUCAAGUAAUUCCGUUACAAACAAAUUCAAGAAAAUCGGAAAUGGGAAUUUCAAAAAUUA